GCUGAGAGAAAGAUGCUCUCUACCAUGAGGCACCCUGCUGAGGAUGGCCUGAAGAAGGGCCUCCAAGGAGGCAGAAGGACUCGGUUCAGAGUCUGGCUGAGGGAUCAGUGUAGAAGCCUCUGCUGUUGUUGCUGCAGGUCUCCUAGGGUAACACAGAGAUCUCAGUCUGGGUACUUGGAGGAGGUCUCCAGUGUGCACUCUGACUCCCUGUCUGAGGAAGAGUGGCCUCAGGGGACAGAAUCCUGGGAGCAACUGAGAUCCAGUAGGAGGCUGCUGUCCCUGGACACAUCCUCAGAAGGCUCCAUGGACGACCAGGGGGAACCUCCUGCCCAGACAGCAGAGAAUGUCCUCCCCCAGGGCUGCGUGCAGUUGGUGGUGGGGAGCAGCCCCCUGUAUAGUGACAUCCUGCUCCAUGAGCCCCCCAGGGACCUGUGUGUUCUGCACACACAGCCUGAAGGUCCCUGUGAUGGUGAGGAGGUGCCAACAGCCCCCUGUUGCCAGGAGGCCCAAGAGCCAGUGUCCUCUGCAGGUGUGGAGCCCUCAGCAGCACUGGAGCCAGCACCCUCAGCCAGGACAGCAGGGACCCCAGAGGCACAGCUAGCAGAAGCACUUCUUGCUCAGAGCCGGAGGUCCAGAGCUGCACUCCCAGAUCCAGCUGUGGAGAAGGCCCUGCGCCCUUCUCUCACCCCUCAGCUGGCCCUCCCCUCCCUGAGGGAGUCCUGUAUGGCUUUCUUGGUCUCCUGCCUGUUGAUGUACCCUUUACUCUUCAGAUAUAUUGCUCUGCUUUUACUCAAUUGA